CUCCUCUUCGCAGAAAGCGCUCAGAAAGCGCCCCACUCUCGCAAGCAUAGCCCCAAAACUUCCCGAGUAAUCCUGAAAGCCAUGAGCCGGCUAGAAUCCGCCCCGCGGCAUCCAGCCUCAGCCUCCUUCGCGCCCAGAUAUCCCAAGUAGGUAAGGUGCCGACAAAGAGACAGAAGGUAUAAGAUUUAUCAUGCACGAGUCGAGUUUGAACUUCUUCUUCUUCUUCAUCGUCGAGUACUAUUUCUUCCAUUGUAGUCAUCGUCACUGCCCUCGGUUGCACUGCUUCACCAUUCAUUCCACAUAUAGCUUCCCACCGAUAUGGCUUAUCUGCUAUACAAGUACAUUCGCCGCAAAGUCAAAGAAAACAAGGAGAAGAACGAUGUCCCAGCCACCGCAGAUGAUAGUCAUCUAGUUCCUGAGCCCAACCAGGGGCAAGAACCGAAGCCCGAAAGAGAAGAGGCUGUGGGUGGUGAUGGCCUCGUCGAUGAACACUCCGUAAACCCUAUUACAGAAAGACGCGAAGAAGCACACGCGAAAGCCAAAGAAGAAACUUCCAAGAGACGGAAACAUCGGUGGAGGAUGAUAGUGGGCUUGAUACUUCCCAACUUCCUCGCUGCGGUGGACGUCACUAUUGUAGCACCUGCAAUUCCAACCAUCUCUUCUCAUUUCAACCAUCUCAGUGGAAGCUUCAAUUGGAUCGUGGCGGCAUACACGCUCACUUUUACCACCUUCGUCCCAGCCUCGGGUCAGCUCGCCGAUAUCUACGGCCGUCACUUCGCCCUCCAGUUUCAGAUGUUCUGGAUCUUGAUUGGUAGCGUGUUGUGCGCAUCUGCUGUUACCUGGGGCAUGCUUUUGUUCGGCCGGGCAUUGCAAGGCUUGGGUGCAGCUGGGAUCUUGAACUUAACGCGCAUUGUCCUAUCCGAUGGAGCUAGUUUGGCCGACAGCUCCAAGAAUCAAACCGUCUUCUCAUUGAUUAACGGCAUCAGUUAUGCUGUUGGCCCCGUCAUCGGUGGCUACCUAGCCACCUCCAGCUGGAGAUACUGCUUCGUCGUCCCGAUUCCCGUCGCUUUCAUCUCUCACCUCCUCAUCUUCUUUUUCAUGCGUAAAGAUCUCGUCAAAGGCCGCGUUUCGUUCAAGCCCGGCGAUUCCCGGAGGGCAGGCUACAUCAGCGGUCUGGCAACGAUCGACUGGCCUGGAAUCUUCUUCUUUAUCUUCGGCGUUGGUCUUCUCAUCCUCGCGGUUCAGUGGGGCGGCACUUCAUACAGCUGGGACUCGGCAGCUACGAUCGCGCCAUUCGUCAUCGGAGGCGUCCUCUUCUUCUCUUUCUUCCUGUAUGAGUACCUCAUCGGACCUGGCCGCUUCAUGUCGCGCAUAUUCGCUCAACAAGUGCCUAUGGUCCCCUCCGUGCUUUUCCGGAAAAGGGAUACUUCACUCCUCAUGGUCAUCAACUUCGCGUCCGGAGUCUCUAUCGUCUCAGCUUUCUACUUCAUCUCGUAUUACUGGCAGCUCGCCGAAGGAUACAGCGCCUCGAAAGCCGGCGUCCAGCUCCUCUACUACACGCCUGGCCUCGGUGUCGGCGUGUACUCCGCAAUGUUCCUCUGCAACGCCUGGCCGCGGCAAACCUUCUUUCCUCUAUUCUGGGGCUCUAUCGUGGAAGCCGCCGGUCUCUCCUUGCUUACCUGGGCCGUAGCGACGCGCCAGAAAACGCUCGUGAACGUCUUCCUCGCCAUCUCCGGCGCAGGAACUGGCCUCCGCUUCAUGCCCGUCGUCCUUCACGCCGCGGGUAUAUGGCCCUCUCGAAUCGCCGCCAUUCAAAGCGUCUUGAGCUUUACCAUGCCCCUGGGCGAAACCAUCGGCAUCUCCAUGAUGGGCGCCGUCUUCUCCAACAAAUUGUCCCUCUAUCUGCGCACUAUCGACUUCGGCCCCGGCACUUCGUUCACAACCACCACCGGCCCCGCGAAUCUGAACUCGCUCUCCUCACUUCCGCCUGCCGCGCUCGAGUCCGUGCAGAACGCCGCCGCGAAAGCAGUCAUGUGGGCGUUCAUCGCUAUCCUGCCUUUCAUGGGUAUCAGCAUCGUUGCAGCAGUUUUCUUGGGCAACGUGUGGAUUGGUAGGGAUGCACGGGUGGAGAAGGAUGGCACGGUGAGGAAGAAGGAGAAGAAGGGUAUGGUUAUGAGCGUGCCGUAUUUGUAUGCCCUGGUUACGGGGAGCGUGAAGACGGAGAGAAGGGAGUUAGAUACAAUCGCGGAUCAGGAGAUGGCGGAGAAGGUGAGGCAGAGGGAGAGGGAGAGGGAGAGAGCGCAUCCAUGGGUGUAGAGAGAGUUCUCGUCUGCAUGUAUAUGUACAUUCUUCAUGUUUCCUUCUUUUCUAGCUGUUGUACUACUAUGCCUAUACCUUUCUAUUCUUCCUCCUACAUCUUCAACCGCCCGUUUUAU